UGACCUUCAUCAGUGAUGCGAUGAAGCUGGUCGGACUGCUUCCACCAAACUACAUCUGUUUCCGCUGUGGGAUUCCUGGACAUCACAUUAAAAACUGCCCGAGCACUUGGGACAAAAGUUUUGCUCCUCGUAAACGCAUGCGGAAAUGCGCAGGGAUUCCUCGUAGUUUCCUGGUGGAGGUGGAUGAUCCUGACAGAAAGGGAGUCAUGAUGGACAGCAGUGGGAAAUACGUCAUUCCCAUUAUGAAUGCUGAGGCCUAUGCGAUUAGGAAGAAAGAGAAGCCGCCCUUCUCACCCCAGAAUGAGCCUUCAUCCUCAUCCUCAUCCGAUCCAGUCCCCGCCGCGCUGCUAUGUCUGAUCUGUAAGGAUCUGCUGACUGAUGCUGUGAUGAUUCCCUGCUGCAGCACCAGCUACUGUGAUGAAUGUAUCAGAACGUGUUUGCUGGAGUCUGACGGACACCUUUGUCCAACCUGCAGACAGUCAGAUGUUUCACCUGACGCUUUGACCGCAAACACUGUUUUGCGUCAUGAGGUGAAUCAUUUUAGGAAUGGAACCAGAUCUUUGCGUCCAAACCACAGCCGUCGAUCCCGGUCACCCAUCCCAGAAUCCUCAUCAAAGAGGCGUCGGGAU